UGGGCACGUCGGCGGGAGGACGCUUCGCGGCGCUGUCCCGUGUGCGGCGCCAGCUCAAGGGAGUGAGCCCGAGCUUAGCCGAGCGACUGGGUCUGCGCUGGACUGAUCGCGUUGCUGCCGCUGCCUCUGCCGCUGCUCCGCUCACCGUGUCCUGCGACCCCAGACCCCGACUCUUUUUGGCUCGGCCCGCGCGCCCCAGGCCCGGCCCGGGCGGCGCGACGGGAGGAUGAGUGGCGGGCGGCGGAAGGAGGAGCCGCCUCAGCCGCAGCUGGCCAACGGGGCCCUCAAAGUCUCUGUUUGGAGCAAGGUGCUGCGGAGCGACGCAGCCUGGGAGGACAAGGAUGAAUUUUUAGAUGUGAUCUACUGGUUCCGACAGAUCAUUGCUGUGGUCCUGGGUGUCAUCUGGGGAGUUUUGCCUUUGCGAGGCUUCUUGGGAAUAGCAGGGUUCUGCCUGAUCAAUGCAGGGGUCCUGUACCUCUACUUCAGCAACUACCUACAGAUUGAUGAGGAAGAAUAUGGCGGAACAUGGGAACUCACAAAAGAAGGAUUUAUGACAUCUUUUGCUUUGUUCAUGGUCAUUUGGAUCAUCUUCUACACUGCCAUCCACUAUGACUGACAGUGAGCAGCUCCCACCUGUUUCCUGUCCAGUCCUAUGGACCCUCAAAUUACAGCACAGAAAAAUGAUUGUUGGGGCAUCCCAGUCACAUGGAACCUGGAGGACCCAUGUUUCCUGGACCAAGAAUUAGAAUGUUGGGCAUCAGUGUUUUCUACAAGGGCUGUGACCUGACACUUUCUAAAGAACCAUCCACACUGGGGAAAAAGCACUUCUGAAUUUAUCUGUCAUCCACCCUUUCUUGGAUACCAUCAUGUAACAGCUAUUUGCCAAGUGGAGCUGUGAUUAAAUUUGAUGCACCUCUGAAUCCGGAUGAAACAUUAAAUUGUCUUCCUCGGUUCUCUAUCCAGUGUACAGUUUUUAAACUAUCAGUGGCAUUUCAAGUCUUCUGAAAACAGUAUAGCGGGAUGUGUGUGGUUCAAAGCACAGUACAAACGGCACCUGAUGUUUCCAUUGUAGAGGGUUUUCAGAUACUUGAAUAAACAAAUCUUUAAU